GACGAAGAAGAGACGCAGCGUUUGUUGUGGAUGUGUCGGUCCUGGGCUCCGGAGCAGCUGGGCACUGAAACCGGGUGGUUCUGGACCGUGUGUGGAUCCGACCUGACGCUUCGUGUGCUCGCAGGAACCAACACGGCUGAAUGGCUGUCGGGACGUGGUUGUUGAUCCACUGUCUCCUCUUCUCUUCAUCCUCAGCUCACAAUGACUUCUUCACCUCCAUCGGGCAAAUGACGGACCUGCUGUUCACAGAGAAGGACCUGGUCACGUCUCUGAAGGACUACAUCAGAGCUGAGGAGAACAAGCUGGAUCAGAUCAAAAGAUGGGCUGAUAAACUGGACGUCCUCUCAGCUGCUGCCACUCAGGACCCUGAAGGUUUCCUGGGACACCCAGUGAACGCCUUCAAACUGAUGAAGAGACUCAACACGGAGUGGGGGGAGCUGGAGAGUCUGGUGCUCACCGACAUGUCUGAUGUCUUCAUCUCCAACCUCACCAUCCAGAGGCAGUACUUCCCCAGCGAUGACGACCAGACCGGAGCCGCCAAAGCUCUGAUGAGGCUGCAGGACACCUACCAGCUGGACACUGACAUCAUCUCCACCGGAGAGCUGCCAGGCUCGUCCUUGGCCGCCUCACACCGGAGCACUCUGACGGUGGACGACUGCUACGACCUCGGGAAGGUGGCCUACUCAGAGGUGGACUACUACCACACAGAGCUGUGGAUGGUUCAGGCCCUGAAGCAGCUGGACCAGGGGGAGGCGUCCAGCACCGUGGACGCUGUCACCAUCCUGGACUACCUGAGCUACUCGGUCUACCAGCAGGGGGAGCUGGAGAGGGCACUGGAGUUCACCAGGAGGCUGCUGGAGCUGGACCCGACACACCAGCGAGCCAACGGGAACCUGAAGUACUUUGAAUACCAGCUGGCUAAACAGAAAAAGGUGGAGGAGGGGGAGGAAGGUGAGGGGAGACAGAGGAAGGAGAUCCGGGGUCGGCCUGACGAUUACCUGCCAGAGAGGAAGAAGUACGAAGAGCUGUGUCGAGGCGAAGGCAUCAGGAUGACUCCUCGCAGGCAGAGCCGCCUCUUCUGCCGUUACUAUGACAACAACCGCCACCCGAGGUACGUGAUUGGGCCGGUGAAGCAGGAAGACGAGUGGGACAGCCCCCGCAUCGUCCGCUACUAUAACAUCGUGUCGGACAAAGAGAUGGAGAAGGUCAAAGAGCUGGCCAAGCCCAGGCUGCGUCGAGCCACCAUCUCCAACCCCGUAACCGGAGCUCUGGAGACGGCCCACUACCGCAUCAGCAAGAGACGUGCCACGGUUCAUGACCCUCAGACGGGCAAACUGACCACGGCCCAUUACAGAGUCUCCAAGAGUGCGUGGCUCGGUGCGUAUGAACAUCCGGUGGUGGACAAGAUCAACCAGAGGAUCGAGGACAUCACUGGGCUGGACGUGACCACGGCUGAGGACCUGCAGGUGGCCAACUAUGGCGUUGGAGGACAGUACGAACCUCAUUUUGACUUUGGACGGAAAGACGAACCGGACGCGUUCGAGGAGCUGGGGACAGGAAACAGAAUCGCCACCUGGCUGCUUUACAUGAGUGACGUGCAGGCAGGGGGCGCCACAGUCUUCACUGACGUGAGAGCUGCUGUCUAUCCCAAAAAGGGGACGGCGGUGUUCUGGUACAACCUGUACCGCAGCGGAGAGGGAGACUAUCGGACCAGACACGCCGCCUGUCCCGUUCUGGUCGGAAACAAGUGGGUGUCGAAUAAAUGGAUCCAUGAACGAGGGCAGGAGUUCAGGAGGCGCUGUGGCCUCCAGGAGACGGACUGACAGCCUGCUCCUGCUCCUGCUCCUGCUCCUGCUCCUCCUCCUCCUCCUGCUCCUGCUCCUCCUCCUGCUCCUGCUCCUGCUCCUGCUCCUCCUCCUGCUCCUCCUCAGCCAGCAGUUUCUGUUCAGGCUGCAGAGUGUGUGUCUGCACGUGUGAUCUGAUGUGUGUUGUUGUGUCAGCUGUGUGAGUGAGUCACAGUGUGUGGAGCUGAAACCGAUUUCCGGUGGCUUUGAUUGAGAUGUUUCAUAUUUUUACCUGAGAAAACAUCAUAGAAACUUUAUGAACAGAUCAAUAAUUAAAUAAUUAUUUCUAAUCAUCAGGAACACACGCUCCAUGUUUUACUCAGAGGCUUUUUAAUGGGACAGUUUGUUUAUUUCAGCCUCACAGGAAGCUGUGGAGUGUCUGACCGAGGCUUUUGAUUCUGAUUAAUAGAGAAUGAAUAUUGUAAAUAAUAAUAAGAAUCAUCAACAUCACUAUAGUAAUAAAAUAAUUGUUUGUACAAAG